UCUACGAGUGGGGAUCAUAUGGGAGAGCACGAGAAGUGAGUACACGGGGGUGACGAGGAGGUGGGCAUGAGCAGUAGAGGGAACGGAGCAGCCGCCGAAAGCGUAAAGAGAGCCAUAAUUCGCCGGGCCGCCCCGCAAUCAGGUUCGUGCUUUACAAUCCGCCUUGCUCGUGACAUUCAUCCGACGAAAAAAGGACGGUAGUGUGCACGUUUUUACUUACCUAUGUUACUCGCCUCCGGUUGGACUGCUCCGUAAAAAUCUCGCUCUACGUGUAACUACGCGGUAGAGCGACGUACGCGCGGGUUUCAGAGCGACUCAUUGAUCCUUAACACGCGUUAGCAUCGCGCGCGGCUUCGCAAUUUCGUAUGUCGCGCUUCCGAGGGGACGAGUCGAGUGUCGCCGCGCAAAAGAAAGGGAGAAGCUUCCGAAGAAGUAGUGGUGCCGAGCGAGGCGCGAAAAGAAGAAGAAAAUGAAAAGAAACGCAGUGCCUCAUUGACAGUUCUCGCUACCGAAGUCAUUUUGCCUGUCACUGUUGGGUUGGUCUGUCAACUGGCCGUCCUUCGUUGCACAUAAUUCGUUGGAUUCCUCUCCAUUUCUUCGUUCUAAUCGUUUCCACAUGUCGCACGUAUCAGGACGAAGGGAACCUCAUUUCAUUACCGUCAACUCUUAGUGCGACUAGGUACCGGAGAAGAAUACGAGCUUCAGGCACCAGAUACCAAAGAUACCGGAACGGAGAAAAAAGAGUGUGUAACCUGAAAACAGAAGAAACAAACUAAAAGAGAAAGAACGGAAAAGCAAAAAGUGAACAAGAGCCGGAAGUGGAAUGGUAAGCAAGCAUACCAGGAUAAGACAAAGUGUUUUUGUCAUUAAUAUCAAGGAUAAAAAAGCAAAGGAGGAACCUUUGUAGGCUCAAUUUCUGAUACUGGAUGUCGGACUGACGCGUCGACCGCGACGCAGAAGGGCAGAAGGUGCAAGCAUUUCGGUAUGCGCGAAAAAGUGAUAUACACUGACGUCUCCGAGGAAGAGUUAAACAUUAAGAGGGAGCGAGAGAAAAAGAGAAGAUUUAUUUCUAUCAUAAGCUUACAAACCAGGAACCGAGAUGGCGUAAUGCAAAUAGUUCCUCGAGAAGUAUCUGAUUAUCAAUAUUAUAACAAAGCGGCCAAAUAAUCAAAAUAAAAAAAGUAGCCAAAUACUUCAAUUUCGGGGAACUAUUCAGCAGAUACUACACUUUCGUACUAUAGUAUCUAGUGCUAUUUAGUACUGUCAAACUAAAGAAGAAACGUUCAAAAGUUCAACGCCGGACAUCUUUAAGCUAACAGGAGAUUGCCGUACUUUGAGACAAACAGCAGAGGACGCCAACGAAUCACCAAAUAAGCAAAAACGCCUCUCGCCAAGAGUACAUACACACCUCUAUCGUUUUGUGGUCUCAGUCCAUCGUUUUACCGCGCGCGCUUCCAGGUGCCACUUCUAUCAUGACCCAAGUACUAUGAAAUUCUUCAACGUAGUGUACGCGAAGUUUCCCUUAUACCUACUUUUAUUUGGGCGUUUACCUUUCAUUUGUUGGCUUUCACUUCUGACAACGGCUAUUGCGUAAGAGAUAUCAGUGUGACGAAGGCAUCGGACAAUUGCUGUACGAUUCACCGUAACUUAACCCUAACGUAAAUUCGGGCGCAAUUCGUGUCGGAGCCCUACGAGGGAAUAGAGAACGUGAGUGUGAACUGAGAAAGAGAGAGAGAGAGAGAGAGAGAGAGAAGAGACUGGUGAAGGUGAAGUGGUGUCCGAGGAUAGAGUGACAAGGAGUGUGAGCACGAUAGCACCGCGAAUCGUGAUUCUCAAGGGGACGGACGCCAUGGCGGCUUCUUCGUCCUCAUCGACUGGCGGAGAGCAGCAAUACUCUCUUAGAUGGAACGACUUUCAAUCAAGCAUUCUCAGCUCCGUACGCCAGCUGAGAGACGUGGAGGACUUCGUCGACGUCACGCUUGCCUGCGACAGCUGCAGCUUUACCGCACACAAGAUCGUCCUCUCGGCGUGCAGUCCAUACUUCCGAAACCUGCUCAAGGCAAAUCCAUGUCCCCACCCAAUUGUAAUUCUGAAGGAUGUGGCGUCAUCGGAUAUGGAAUCCUUGCUGCGUUUCAUGUACCACGGCGAGGUGCACGUGGGACAAGAGCAGCUACCUGCCUUCCUGAAGACGGCUCAGAUGCUUCAAGUGCGGGGUUUGGCGGACGUUAAUAGCGGCGCGACGAAAAUUCCGUCGUCGUCGGCCGGCAACAACGGUAGCGCACCUGCGACCCCACGUAAUUGGCAGGAUAAUGGCAGAGGAGAUCUCAAUGACAGUGAAAGUCCACCGGAAAAGCGAGCAAGAAGUUACAGCCCGCCAAUGGGUAACCACGUCGAACAAAAGUCAGAUCUUCAGGAAUCUUUGUUAGGUCAAGCACUCGAAGGUGGCCCUACGAUACACACGGCAUCCUCGAACAACAUACAGGCGCAGUCGACUGGCGAAGACUCGAACUCUAUGUCGGAAAACGAGGAGGAUAUGUCGAAUCACGGCAGCAUCCUGAACGCGGUGAAGACCGAGCCAAGUGACAUUCUGAAUGACUCUAUAGAACAUCACCGUAACAGUUUUCCCGCAGCGUUGUUGAGUCUUCAAGGUAUGAACAUGCCAGGACCUUCCGGUAUGCAUCAGGUAGCCAAUCAAGAUCCAAAUUACGAUCACGGGCUUGAUGAGGCAGAGGGCGCGGCUUACCACCACCACCACAGCCAUCACCAGCAACAUCAUCGGCAUCGCCAUCAUCAUCCACUAUCCGUCCCUCCUCCUCACCACCGUCAUCAGGCGCAACUGGAAGACGACACAUCAGUUAAUCAAUCUUCCACCACGGCCACCACGACGAUCACGACGACCAGCAAAUACCAACGUGGCCAACCGGACUUCAGGCAACAGAGAUUAUUGCGGGAGCAUCAUCGCCAGCAUGGUUACAGGUGUCCUCUCUGCUGUAGGACGUUGCAGGAUAUCAGUGCUAUGAGGGCGCACUUGGAUCAUCAUUAUCCUAGAGAUUCACCCACCUGUCCCGUUGCUUCCUGCGCCAAAACUUUCUCCCACCCCAAUAGUGUCAGAAACCAUAUGCGACUGAAGCAUCCUGUGCAAUGGGAUCAGAUUAAAACCUUAAGGUGGACCUAUGUGUGAUGAAUAGGCGAGGAUUAGUAUAACUAUGAUCACGGGUCAUAAUUUUGAUCUUUCUCAGAAAUAUUUUGCCAAAGAAAUUUUUUGUUUCCUUGUGUGGCCCUGAAAUUCUUUGUCUGAUAAUUGUGUGACGAUAAUGAGUAAUAAUUUACCCGAUUAGGAUAAUUUUUUAAAAUUACUGUUAUUAGCAUUAUCAUAACAGAAGAGAUAAUCCAAUAUAAGUACAAAUUUGAUUUAAUAUUGUUUUGGAAAUAUCAUUAUCGAACAUUGUUGAAUAAUGCAAAUCGUACUCUACAACUUAAACGAUAUUAGGCAUCUUAAUAUAUUAAUUAUAUAUAUUAAUUAAUUAUGAAUCCGUUCUGAGUGCAUAUAUGUGCCAACAGUACUAAAAAAUUAAUUUACAUUAAUAAUUAUAUAUAUAAUUAAUAAUUAUGUGUGAGAAAAUAAUGUGUUUAAUUGAAUAUCUACAUUUAGAUAUUGACAAUUAUUUUCUGUAUGACAAAAUUUUGCUCAUUUAGCAUGUUUAUAAUAAAUAUAAAUACCAUCAAAUUAAUGCUCAUUAUCGCUGCGCUAGACUUUUUAUUAAGUAAUUAAUAAUGAACGUUGGAAGAGAGUCUGGUCGAUGAAAGUUAGGUAAAGUUUUUGUAAUAUCUGCAGAUACUGAAAUAUCGAGAGAUACAAAUUUUUCAACUCAUUGAUAAAAACAUGCGAAUUGCGGAUCAGCUGGGAGAAAAUCUAAUGUAGCUCUCCCUCCCCCUUCCCCGGCGUGAUGAAAAAUGUGCAGAGAUAAUGAAAAACUUUAGUGCUUUAUUUUAAAACUGUCACAUAUGCACCCACCGUAAAGUUUAUUUCUGACGAAAAGCGCACAUUGUACAUAUGCGAGAGAUUAUAUCGAGACAAAGAAGAGAAUCUAUAAAUAAAUAAAUAUAUAUAUAUAUAUAUAUAUAUAUGAAAAGCUAUUAUAUAUUGCGCAUAUAUAUGUAUACAUAAAGAGAUAUACAUAGAGUUGAUUUUGUAUAAAAUGUACGAAACAGUAUUUCCUGUAGAGCCUGAAGCGUUAGAUCACGCCGUAGAGAAUGAAGCGAUACACUUACACAUUGCGACAUCCGGUGUACGCCGGACAUUGAUAUAAUGAUUAGACUACGUAUCUAAGAGAGAAAACAAUGUUCCUCUAAGCUGAGUAAGCCAGCCUUAUGUUAAAUAAAUGUAGUCUUAAGAGUGUAGAAGCCGAACGGAAGAGUGCGCACCGAAGACCGCGAAGAAACUAAGCUGUCGAUCGACUCUGAGGAUCCGUUUGCUCUAACGACGGCAGACACGCGAGAUUGCGACGUUACGUGUAAAAGAGAGAUGCUAAUGCAAGCGUAAUGUAAAACGCGCGAACAUCGCAAAUCUAUGAGAGUGAAUGGAUCACGAGCGAAUACGUCGACCAGAAGUCGCUUGACAACGCCUAGCCUUAUUUUUCUACGUCUUACGUUUCAUCAGUAUUCCUUAGGUCAAGAGUCCCAAAAGACAUCACGUUUGAGACCGUGCAUACGCCUAGAAUACACCGCGCGUAAACACAAGGAAGUAUAUUUAUAUAUAUAUUUCUGUGAAUAUAUAUAUAUAAUAUAUAUAGUGAAUGUACGAGUUGUUAGUUGCGGUUCUCGAAGAGAAAAAUAUCGAUGAAAAUAUAAUAAUAAUGGUAGUUUUUAAUAAUUAUGGUAGUUUCUAUAAGACAAAGUUUGCACAAAACUUUAAGCUCCCAAAAACUGUCUGCUAUAGUAAAGAUACGCUAAAUAAAUUAUCUUUUUUAUUGAAUAUUAUUUAUUGUUGGUUUCUUCUCUUUUCCUGGCUGACAGCUCGUACCAUGAAUAAUGUAUAGAAUACCGUACAUACUAUUUUAGCAAAUACUAGCUUCUAUACAUACAUAUAUAUAAAAUGUAUCAAAUAUAAAGUCUACUAUUUAAGUAAUGCUUUGUACAAUAAAAAGUACUCAGAAAAA